CGUCAAUUAAAAUUAAAUGGCAACAGAUAAAGAUGAACAUAAAGAGGAUGUAGCUAAUUUUAAAGAUAGCGGUGAAGACAAACAACUUUUGCCACAAAAACAAGUUCAGAUAAUUGAUCCAGUAAAGGCAGUAAAUUCAUUAGGAGAAUGUUGUGAAAAAGAUCCUGCUGAACAACGAAUUAGUUUAAAAGCUUAUCGUCGUCGAUGGAUCGUUUUGUUUGUGGUAGCCUUAUUAAAUAAUAUAAAUACAAUGCUCUGGAUUGCUUUUUCACCAAUUUCCAAUCAUGUUGACACCUUUUAUGGACGUAAUUCGACAAUAUAUUUUUCUGCUGUUUAUAUUUUUGUAACGAUUCCGAUUGGGAUUUUUGCAAUAUAUUCAAUUUUAAUUGCUGCUUGGGCAAAUGGAAUUGGGGCAUUUAUUCGUUUAGCAAGUUCAUUCUUCCCAGAUGAUAUGCCUGGUUUUCGAUUUCCUGUCGCGGCAGCUUGGUUUCCCGAUAACCAACGUACUUUGGCAACUACAAUUGGAGUUAUGUCAAAUCCUCUCGGAGUUCUCUUGGCCAAUUUAAUUAGUCCGAUGAUUGUUGGAAGUUGUGAACAUGUCAAAAUUCUAAAUAUACUUUUUUCUGUUCCAAGCAUUAUUUUAACGGUUGUUGCUUCUGUGGCAAUUACGAGUUCCGAACCAAAAAUUCCACCAACAUUAAGUGCCAGUAAACCAAGUUAUCCAUUUAUUGAAGGAAUUAAAAAAUGUUUUACAAGUAAACAAUAUUUGGUUCUUCUUUUGGUUAUGGGAGGAGGUAUUGGAAUGUUUAAUGCCUUAUAUACUUUAAUGCAACAGCUUUUAUGUCCAUCUGGUUAUUCAAAUCAAUUUAGUGGUUUUACUUCUGCUUUAUUAAUUACUGGAGGGGUUGUAGGUGCAACUGGAGCAAGUUUUGUUGUUGAUAGAACAAAACUUUAUGUUGAAACAAUGAAAGUUUCUAUGGCUGUAGCUGUCGGAUUUGGACUUGUAUUUCUUCAGUUAAUACUUCAUCGUGAAAUGGAUAUUUGGAUUCUUUUGGCUUGUUUCAUUUUUGGUGUCUUCGGUUUAGCUGCUUAUCCAGUUGGAUUACAACUUUCGGCAGAAUGUACUUAUCCAGUCUCUGAAACAACAUCAACAGGUCUGGUUGUGUUAAGUGGACAAAUUCAGACAAUUAUUUAUUUAUCUGUUAUGAAAACAUUGGCUACACCAUUACAAUCAUUAUAUCGAAAAUAUGAGGUGUGUACUUUACUUAAAGUGGCAGAACACGAUCAUUUAUCUUCUAUUCCACCUACUUGUGGACAUGGAAAUAUUUCAAUUAAUGUAGCUGACAAUGAACAGACUGUUGAACCGAUGGAUUUUACUCUUUCAGUUAUUGUUAUGUCAAUGAUAGCCGCUUUUAUCGUUUUAAUUUUACUUUUAUUAUUCCGUCCAAAACUUCGACGAAUGGAAAUGGAAAAUGUUUUGCUUAAUGCAGAUUCAGGAAAAGAAUUGGAAGUUGGAGUUAAAAUUGAAGAGGAAAAAGUAAAUUUAAAAAUAAUUACCCCUGAUGGAGUACAAAAUACUAAUGAAAAUUAA